AUGUGUGAAUCAUGCACCAUAUACCACCUUUGCGGACAUGUCAAAAUCACGACCAUCGUGCAGUGCGCUAACAUCGUGGACAAACUAUUAACCUCUAAUUUGCCGAUCACAAUCACUCACCAAGUCUGCGAGGACGGUGUCAACGAAAACCUACACGUAUUUCCUGACAUUUGUGAGAAAUGCAAGACGACAGCCGUCGUUGGCGACUUCAUGGAGCAACCGGGCGUCAAGCUGGAAGUGGUGCAGUCAUGGGCUCACGGCAACCGCAAGCAUCCUAGCCCCGAGUUCGGGGCAAGAGUAUCCGCUGGUAACAACGAUGUCGUCGAGAAACAGAAUGAAUCCGAUGGGAUCAUAAAAUUGCAGACCCAAAAAGCCAUCUCACCCAUAGAUAAUGCUAGCAUUUCAGCAAAUCGACCCACAGAGCCUCAGAGCAGCUAUACCAUGAGGAAGCCGGAUCUGGAAGCGGGAAACCAUAAGAGACACUUUCCUGGCUUCAAGGAUGCCGUCGAAUAUGCUUUGGAUUGCCGAACCACGGCUGUUUUGAAGGAACAGCUGCGAAAUGGCGUGGAUAGAGGAGCAUUCGAAAAGGCCAGGAAAAGCGAUGAAGAGCGAAUUGAAGAGGAAAAUGUCCGGAAAUUCUACGGGAAGCAAAACGCUACGUUGAACAAUUGGGCCGAGGUGGAUACCAUAGUGUUGGCCAUGGCCGACGAGGUUAUGGAGGGCAGACUGCAGCAUGUUGAAGAGCACAUUCACUACUUGCUGCCGGAGGAGGUGCGAAAAAGUAGGCAAAAGAAAGAUCGAAACGCCCGAUGGGCCAUCAACAUCAAUGUCAUUGCCAACAUCAUUCUCGUCGUUGCCAAGGGAAUAGCCGCGCUCAAGUCCUCGUCCUUGUCGUUGAUUGCAUCUCUCGUCGAUUCGGCGCAGGAUCUGCUGUGCACAGCGACCGUGUGGGCGACUAACAAACUGGUCUCUUGGAGGUUGUCAGCGCUUGUGACGAACUUCCCAGUCGGUCGGCGGAGGCUGGAACCCAUCGGGAUACUUCUGUUUUCCAUCAUCAUGGUUAUAUCUUUCCUUCAAGUACUGCAAGAAUCCAUUGCGAAACUGCUUCCGAAUGGCAACCACGACAUUGCUUCGUUGCCUCCACUGGCAAUCGCUUCUAUGGUUGAGACCGUCGAGAUCAAGGUCUGA